AAAGUCCUACCAGUAUUGUCAAGAUAUCCCUCCUGUUUCUAGUCUUCUUGGUUUUGUAUAGUAUAGUAUACGAUUAUUAUUAUAAGCCAAAAUUUAUGUACUUUAAAAAAUAAAUAUUUGAAUUUUAUAAAUUUGAUAAUAAACUUGUAAAUCAAUGAUUUACAUGAAUGUUGGAGAUGAAUGAAUUAAAUGAGCCGCGGAUUAAAGACAUUGAAGCGUCAGUCAUAUCUGACGAAGAACGCGAACUGUCUCAACAUGCGCUGUCAGCCUUCCAGAAAGGUUCUUUCGCGUCAUGCUUGAUGUAUCUAAACAAGUUGGAAGUUCUGAGGCCAAAGGAUUUGAAAGUUAUGCACAACAAUAUAGUAGCUGAAUAUUUCAAGAGUAACUUGCAACAAACUGAAAUAUUCAAGAAAAGUCUAACUGCAAUAUGCGGCCAAAUGUGGAGCACAGAUGCAGUGGAUGCUGUGGAUGACGUGGAGAAAUGCGUUAUGAGGUACAAUCAAGCAAUUCUACUGUAUCACACGAGGCAAUGCAAAGCUGCUCUUCAGAUAAUGAUUAGAUUGUUUUCACUGAUUGAACCGUUAGUUUCAGAGGAGAGUCUGGCUCAGAAAGUGUGCUUACUUCUCAUUGAAUUAUAUAUUGCAACGGGACAGCCGGAUGCUGCUUUAACACUAGUCAAUUAUAUUGAAAGGCAAUUUACAGUUUCAGACUUAUCAAAAAUUACCUUAACAGAUAAAGAGGAAUUUGUCAAAACUUCAAGAGAACUGAAGGAACCAAAAAAAGAUAAUUCUGAAAUUGCAAUUGAUGCUUUUCGAAUAAAGCUGAUGAAAUGUAAAGUAAGAAUAUAUCUUAUUACGAAUCAGUUGAAAUUAUGCAUAAAGGAGUGGAAAAGUUUUGUAAAUAUGGAGACGACCACGAAUCUUAGCAGUAUUUUUUUGGCUGCUAAUGUGGAAUACCUACGAGGGAAAUGUACUAAAUCCAUGAUGCUUUUGAACUCAUUAACGCCAGAGCAACGACAAAUUAAGGAUUAUGAGGAAUCAGCUGCUGUUUUAUACUACAACAAUAUGGCUUGUAUACACUACUCUUUGGAUAAACCAAACUUAGCCUGUUUCUAUUUGUACAAGGCAUUAGAAGAAAAUGAGAAAGCUGUUAAAAAUUUCCAAACAGAUGAUAAAGAACCUUUAGCCCCUCCACCACUUUAUACACUGGGAGUGAACAGAUUUUCCGAGUUACAAUAUAACUUGGGAAUAUGUUACCUAGUUUCUGGGAAUUGUGAGAAGGCAUUCGCUUGUUUUAUUAAGGCUAUAGAUAAGUUGCAAAAUAGUCCUAAGAUUUGGUUGAGGUUGGCUGAGUGUUGUAUAUUAGAUCACAAUCCUACGAACGGAUCGAACUUUAACAUCAUGAAGCGUCGUCAAGAUUUAGUUCAAAAAAUUGUGGUCUCAGGAGCCUAUAAGAAAAUUGUUUUAACGUCAUCAUUAUCGAAGGAUAACAAUUAUCCCAGUAAAAAUUUAUAUUACGGAAUAACUCAACUUACUUUAGAAUUCGGAAUGUUGUGCUUGAAAAAUGCAUUAAUUCUAUUGCCAGUUUGCACGGAAGCGCUUCCUGUUAAUGUAAUAGGUCAGCACAACAUGCAAUCGUCACAAACAACAAUAAUUGAAAAUUUAAAUCUAAAAAUAAGUAUUUUGGCUGCCAGUGCUUAUAUCGCAUUGUGCCUUGGUGACCCUACAACAGCUUUAAAACAUGCUAAAAAUCUUUUAGCAAUCAACAAUCUCCCAGGUGCAUACAUAAUGUUAGGAAAGCUGUACGCCGCAGAAAGUCUUAUUCUUUUGGAUCGAAUUAAUGAAGCUAUCGAGUAUUUGAAGCCAGACACUCUUCUGGAUCUUGACAUUUCUGUCGCAUCUGCUGACUCUUUGGAUGCAGACAAAGAAACUGCAGAGGAAAUUGACAGAAAAGCUACAAAAUCUUGGUAUCCGACGAAUCUGCUUACUGGGAAAACUGUACUGCUUUAUAACAUGGCAGUGGCCUAUGCGAUUCGCGGACAACUUGAUAAAUCAGCUGACAUUAUAGGACAGUUAUGGAAAUCCAAGAAUACAGAAUAUGAAGUUCCGAUUCAUGUGAUUAUGUUGGCAUUGUACAUCGAACUGAAUUUGGGUCGAACUGAUAAAUGGCGUUCAAUUAUUAGAAGAAAUUAUCCGCAGUAUUUUAUUUAACUUAAUUUAUAAAUUUUUCUAUAAAAUUGAAAAUAAAGCAAAUAUUUCUUUA